GGAGGCGUUCCCGGAUCAGGGACAUACAAGGCGAAGUGUAUUCUGUUGAGUUUCAAAGCGCUUAACCCAACGAAGGAUGUCGUGUACAACGCCGAUGUGUUCGGAUCGGUGAAAGACCAGGCAAAUGACGACGUGUUGAACUCUGGUAGAAUUGGCAGCAUCAAAGAGUUGCAGCCGGGAGAGAACGAUGCUCGAUUGGAACUCACAGUCGGCGCGUCCCAACCGCUGCCUCUCAAGUUAAAGGCUUUCAAGGGACGAGGA